AUGACCCCUACUCUAAGAUUAUCACCUGACAUACCCGAUUCAUCAUCGCUUCCUCUAAACUUCGAACCGAAGUUUUAUCCGCCGGUCGUUUCCGUUAAAGAUUUUCCUUUAAAAUCUAUUUGCAGUCGUAGUCCUAACUCGUUUUUCGUUUAUCGAAAAGCGUUUUGGCUAAUUCUUCAUUCCCACGGCUAUAAUAUUCCGAUGCUUAAAGCUUCCAAAUUACUAAGUAAAUUUUGGAAGGAAGAAACGACAGAAGUGAAAGAAGCAUAUGCGAGAAUAUCUAGAGAAGUAAAAAGAGAGCAUGAAAAACUUAAAAGGGGAAAAAUUUGGGAAAUAAAUUAUAAAAAAGAUGAUCACGAAAGUGGUCAAUAUAUAACUCGCUUUUCAUUACCAUCCCUAUUACGUCAAGACAUACGUCAUGACAAUAAUAUCAAUGACAACUAUGAUUCAAUGACUAAAAUUAAAUUAUCAGGAACAAUUUCAACCGUUAAAUUUUCAGUUGAAUAA